AUGCUAAACAACUGUUAUACUCUUCGUCACAGUCCUGUAUUCAGAAAUCCAAAAUCGAAUGUAGCAGUUUAGUAAUUAACUACUCUAAUUAAUGAAACCGCAAGUAGGUCACCUCCACUUCAACCACAAGUCAAAAAGAUAAUUGGAAUUAAAAAAAAUUCAUUGAUAGAUCACUAAUUACCUCUUUGUGAUGUACCCUUUCAAACUAAUUUUUUUGCAUAAAAUGAAAAUGAUCUUUCCUAUUCAAAUAGAAGCAAUAUUUAAACUAAUAGAUAGUUUAGUAGAAAUUAAAGAACUUAAAGUGUUUACACAGGUAAUAAAGAAAACUUCGUAAGAAGCCCAACAAGAAGUCCAUUUUCUAAACCAAUUAUUUAAAAAGAUUGUUAUACUCCAAUUUAUAAAAGAAGUCCAAUCUAAAGAGUAUAAUCUCCUGGAAUAAUAGGGGGAAUUAGGCAGACAAAUUAAAGAGGGUUUGGAUCCAUAAGUCCCUUGAGGAUUUAGCAAAAACCUAAUUAAAGAGAACCCUUAUCGGAAAUGGUGGAUAAUUUAAAACAAAAUAUUAUGAGAGACAUUUAAGAAGUCACAAGAAAAUAUUCAAAUACAAUUGUACAAGUCAAUUUAUAACCAGAGAGAUUCAAAUAAGAACAAAGAGAAGUAAGGUAUGAUGAUAUCAAAGCUUAAGAAUUGAAAAAAUAGAAAUAUCUGGAGCAAUAAGCUCUAUUAUUGCAAUAAUAAUUGGAAUUAAUCAAAUCAUAAUAAUCAAAGUUAGUUGUACUCAAUAAACAGACUUUGUGUUCUUAAGAUAAUCCCAUAAAUGCAACAUCCGACCCAAAUAAGUUAUAUCAAUAAAGAUAAAAUGACCUAAGUUUUUUAAGGUCUUUGGAAAAUCAAAACAGAUCACAAUCUUUUGCAGAUUAAUAAAGCAAUUUUUAAAGUCUUAGAUGUGAUUAAACACAAAAAAUUAAAUAAAUUUAAGAAAUAAAAAAUUGUACUUGUGAUCCACAAUAUUAAGUCUAAGGAGUUUAAUAAUAAUAUUGUGAAGAAUGGAUGCCGAUCUAAAACACUAGUAAAUACAAUUAUUAAAUUGAUUAUUUACAAAAAUUGAAUUACAAAAUUGAAUCAAUUUAAAAACAUUAAAAUCAAUAGUCUGUCAACUCUAAUAAUUAAGAAUUCAAGACUUUAGAUGAAUUUUGUAGAACAACAAGACAUCAAGAGUAAAAAUUAAUAAACUCUCCAGAUUUAAACUAGGAAAAAUAAGCAUUAAAUUAAUAUCAAUCUCGACCCAAUUUUAAUUAGGAAAAUCAAUAUCCAGAAUUUUAAACUGGAAGAAAUGGCUAUUCCCCAAUUAGAAACAAAGAAUAAAUUACAGCCAACAAAGAGACAACUCUUUAUAUGUUGAAUAAUAAUAAAUAAAUGUUAUCAACCUUAAAUUCUUAAAAUGAAUUAUAAAAGUUAAAGAAUUUAUAGUUAGAGUUGAUGCAGAAUAAACCAUUAUUUGAAUAACCUAAGCCUUCAAAAAUUGAAUUUAAUUUUAACUAAUAGAAAGAAAUAUUUGAUCUCAAAAUUGAUAAAAAUUAUCUUAAUACUUUUUAAUAACUCUCAACUAUGCAAUAAGAGAGAUCUACAAAGGAAGAAAAUAUUGAAGAAAAAACUUACAAAAAUUUAAAUUUUAAUAAAAAUAAAACAGCUGCCAAUAAAAAUGUACAGUAAUAAUAAUUGUCAAAAUUUAUUCAGCUUUAAAACUAAUAAGAAUAAUUGUAAGAAAUAGGUAAAUAAUUACAAUAAUAAUAAAAACUACCUGCUUAUUUGAAAGAGGCUGAUGAUACGGAUGACGAUGUUAAUAAUCAAAUUACUAUUAGUAAUUUAUCAUCUAUUAUUCCUGCUGAAAUCUCAGCCAAUUAAAAUAAAAAGAUUAAUGUAUCUUUCGAAAGUAGUAUUGAAUAAUAAUAAUUUGAGUAUCUAAAGGGAUCAGAUUGCCGAAACACUUUUGGACCUUUAUAAUUGGAAAUCAUUUUAAAAUCUCCAAAAAGUCAUCAUGAAAUUAUACCUUAAUAUCUGUCACCUUGCCAACUUGGUGAUGAUGUAAAUAAUUAAAGGCAAUAAGUAUAAAAUCUUCAAAAUGAUUAAGACAUAUCAUCUUAUGAUAAAUAAGAUAAUGUAAUAAGUAGAUAAUUAACUAAUAAUCAUAAAAGUGAAAAGAAAUAAUCUGCAUUAAAUUAUGAUGAGGGCACACAACUUUGCAAUAAAAUUGAGUAGAUUGAGACUGUUGAAAAGAGAGUCAAUUCUCAAUCAAGAGAUUAGAAAGAGCUUGAAAAUUAAUCAAGAGAGUAUAAAGUUUAAAACAGUAGCUCAACAUAUAAAACAAAAAGUUCUUAGAGUAUUAGCAAUGCUAAAUACUAAUAAGCAUAUAGUCCAAUCGGAAUUAAAAACUCUAUUGUUGUGCAGCCAUUUUUUAAGGAGAGUCCAAGCAAUAGAAUUGCAACAAAAGAAAGUGAAAAAAAUAAAAAUUAGAUUAAAUCUCAGCAAAGUGUUUUAGAAAAUAAAAACUAUGAUAAAAUAUGUUCUGGGCAAAGCUAAAGGUAUAGCGACUACAAAGAUGAAUCGAACUAAGUUGAAAAAGAAAAAUAAGAAUAGGAUGUCUCAUUAAAUAACUCAUCAAGAUAUGAAUAGAUGUUAUAAAAUUUCUAAAGUAUGAAAAAUCAAUCUAGAAUCGAUUAUUAAUAAGAAAAUCAAACAAUUAAAGUGUCAAUGUAAAUGAAUGAAUGUGAACAUAUUAGUGAUUUUGUUAUAUUUAGCGAUAAAUAAAAUGAAAACUAAUUAGAAAUUGUUAAAAAGAAAACCGUUACAUUUAAUGAUCAAUUGAUUUAGCAAUCUCCUAUAGAUAAAGAUAAAGUCCAAGGUGGAACAAAUUUCAGUGAUUUUAUGAAGACAAAAGCUUUAGACAUUCUCUCCUCCGACUCUAUUCCAAUAAUUCCUUAGGAUACCUUCACUUUGGCAUAAUUAUAGCCAAAAGGAGGAAUAAGUUUUUUAUAAUAUAAGCAACAAUUAGAAAAUUGA